CAGGCUGACUCAUCAGUAGAAACUGGGAAGAGCUGCAGAAGGGAAGCCAAACAGGCAAGCUGAUAACUCAAAGAAAUACUCUUUUGAGUUGGGGGUUCAGAGUGGAGCCAUCAUGAGCGAUGUUACCAUUGUGAAGGAAGGCUGGGUUCAGAAGAGGGGAGAAUAUAUAAAAAACUGGCGGCCAAGAUAUUUCCUGCUAAAGACAGAUGGCUCUUUCAUAGGCUAUAAGGAGAAGCCCCAGGAUGUGGAUCUGCCAUAUCCACUCAACAACUUUUCAGUGGCAAAAUGUCAACUAAUGAAAACAGAGCGACCAAAGCCAAACACAUUCAUUAUCAGAUGUCUUCAGUGGACCACUGUCAUAGAGAGGACAUUCCAUGUAGACACUCCAGAGGAACGGGAAGAAUGGACAGAAGCAAUCCAGGCUGUAGCAGACAGACUUCAAAGGCAAGAAGAGGAGAGGAUGAACUGUAGUCCAACUUCACAGAUAGACAAUAUAGGAGAAGAAGAGAUGGAUGCUUCAACAACCCAUCAUAAAAGAAAGACAAUGAAUGAUUUUGACUAUUUAAAACUACUGGGCAAAGGAACAUUUGGCAAAGUUAUCCUGGUCAGAGAGAAGGCUAGUGGGAAAUACUAUGCUAUGAAGAUUUUGAAAAAAGAAGUCAUUAUUGCUAAGGAUGAAGUGGCUCAUACGCUUACAGAAAGCAGAGUAUUGAAAAACACCAGACAUCCUUUUUUAACAUCCUUGAAAUAUUCCUUCCAGACAAAGGAUCGUUUGUGUUUUGUGAUGGAGUAUGUUAACGGAGGAGAGCUGUUUUUCCAUUUGUCGAGAGAGCGGGUGUUCUCAGAGGACCGCACACGCUUCUAUGGUGCAGAAAUCGUCUCUGCCCUGGACUAUCUGCAUUCUGGGAAGAUUGUGUACCGUGAUCUCAAGUUAGAAAAUCUAAUGUUGGAUAAAGAUGGACACAUAAAAAUUACAGAUUUUGGACUUUGCAAAGAAGGAAUCACAGAUGCAGCAACUAUGAAAACAUUCUGUGGUACUCCAGAAUACCUGGCACCUGAGGUGUUGGAAGACAAUGAUUAUGGUCGUGCAGUGGACUGGUGGGGAUUAGGAGUUGUCAUGUAUGAAAUGAUGUGUGGGAGAUUACCAUUCUACAACCAAGAUCAUGAGAAACUUUUUGAACUGAUACUAAUGGAGGAUAUAAAAUUUCCUCGAACUCUGUCUGCUGAUGCAAAAUCAUUACUAUCAGGCCUACUGAUAAAGGAUCCAAAUAAGCGACUUGGUGGAGGCCCAGAUGAUGCAAAAGAAAUCAUGCGCCAUAGUUUCUUUGCUGGAGUAAACUGGCAAGAUGUAUAUGAUAAAAAGCUUGUACCUCCUUUUAAACCUCAAGUGACAUCUGAGACAGACACCAGGUAUUUUGAUGAAGAAUUCACAGCUCAGACUAUUACAAUAACACCGCCUGAAAAAUAUGACGAGGAUGGUAUGGACUGCAUGGACAAUGAGAGGCGGCCGCAUUUCCCCCAGUUUUCCUACUCUGCAAGUGGACGAGAAUAACUUCUUUGUUCUGCUGCUUCACUGUCAUCUUAGGUUAAUCACUGAAAAUGAUUCCUGAACAUCACCACAAGUACUAGAUACUAUUUAAGAUAGCAGGGGCACUUUCAGAGACCGUUCCAAAUUGAACAAGUUUCUUUCCCAAACCUACCUAAAA